AUGGAGAAAAUGAUUAGCAUGUUGAAGCCCAAGCCAAAUCCGCAGCAGCAGCUGCGGGAAUGGCAGCGAAAGCUCCGACAAGAGUGCCGCAACGUCGAACGUCAAAUUCGAGAUAUACAGAGAGAGGAGAAAAAUGUUCAGAAAGCUAUUAAGGAAGCUGCUAAGAGGAAUGAUAUGGUCUCUGCAAAGGCACUUGCCAUAGAAAUUGUGAGGUCUAAAAAGACUGUGAACCGUCUUCAUGAAAAUAAGGCGCAGCUUAACUCGAUAUCCAUGCACCUUGGCGAAAGUGUUGCCAUUGCGAGAACGGUGGGGCAUCUUUCCAAGAGUGCUGAAGUUAUGAAGCUUGUUAAUAACCUGAUGAAGGCGCCAGAAAUGGCAACUACAAUGCAAGAGUUUAGCAAGGAGAUGACCAAGGCUGGGGUGAUCGAGGAAAUCGUGAAUGAUGCAGUGGAUUCAGCACUAGAUUCUGAGGAUAUAGAAGAGGAGAUUGAAGAGGAAGUUGACAAAGUUUUGUCAGCCAUUGCUGGCGAGACUGCUGCACAGCUUCCAGAAGCAGUCAGGAAGGAAAAGAUGAAGCAACCAGCUCGUGCCGAAGUUCAGGAAGAGGAAGAAGCAAUAGCUGAGGGCGUUGACGAUGAGGAAGAACUAGAAGAAAUAAGGGCUCGGCUUGCAAAAGUUAGAUCAUAAAUUUGAUAUUUCACAUAAGAAUUUCAAAACAGUCAUAACUCGAUUUGAGCCGCAACAUUACUUCCCUGGUAUUUUAUGAGAGAGAAAAUGAGCGACAUAUCGAACUUUCUCUUGUGCAUGUAUGUUUGAUCAAAAUUCAUAAACCGAGAGUAUAUUUGUCAAAUAGAUCGGAAGGAGGAGAUGAAGGUGGGGAUGGAGAUAGAGACUAACCGUUUGAUGUAUAUUGUAUCUAAUCUGCUCAACAGAAUGCAAAUGAUGCAUUGUUCUAUCUUCUUAUAUCUGUUUGAAUGCAUUAUGUUUCUUUCUA